AGCUCUUGGUCCGUUCACUCCGGAAGUUGUGUGAUCGGAUGGCAUUCGGUGGCUUCGUUAAGACAAACCUCAACGGAGGGUCACCAGCUCCACUCCGUUUCGAGCAUACCAACCCGUGUGGUCCAUCUAACCCUGUCCAGUCCCUGUCUGGUAUAUUUGACAUUCAUUCUCUUCUCCUGUCGGUUGUCGGCUUCGUUUGCCUUCUCUUAUCUUCAUACUCUUCCCUCUCACGUUCUUUUUUAUUCUCUCGUUCCCACUCGCUGUUUGUUGUGUACAUGGGUAGGCCCACUAGUCAACCUGCCUAAUCUUUCCUUAUUAUUGAGUGCCAGCCGGGUUUGGGGGCUUUAGUACUGUUCUCUCCGUUUAAUUCUUUCUCUUCUCGACUUUCCCACUUCUUAACAACAUGUAUCAGACGGCAGCUCCUCUCGAUCUGGAUCUGGACUAUUUGAACCAGCAACUUCUUCCCCGACAUUACGAGUCCGAGGAAGAGGAGACGUCUGAAUCGGAACUAGGAUCCCAUGACCAUGCAUUCUCGCCCAUCAAGACUUCCGGUCCUUUUGAUUCAGACAUGAGCGCGGAUGAAAUGUCUAAUGUCAACUCCCCGCAAUCACCCUCAGACAAGACUGCCUUCGCCCGUUUACUAUCCACCUACCCAUCCACGGGCAAGACUUCGAGGCCGGUCUCAUUGGACACCGUAAGACGGAGCAGCGGUACGACAUUUGUACCGGAGAGUUACAUGUUUGACGAUGAUGACGAUGUGAUCAUUGAACUGCCUUCGCCCGACGACACCUCUCCACUGCAGCCUCCAAUCUUCCUGCAACCAACUGUAUAUCAGCCUUCCCAGUCACUGCAACCUCAGCAUUGCUCACGGUCAUCUUCACCUUGUUCUAUUUACUCCGUCGACGAUGCGGUCGACGAUGCGGCCGACGAUGCAGCUGACGAUGCAGCUGACGAUGCGGCCGAAGAUUCAGUUGACGACACAGAUGUGUGUGUGGCUGAGCAGAUCACCAUCGUCGAGCCUAUUGCUAGACCUAAUCUAAUUCUAAUUAGCCCAGUCACCGAUGGGCCGGUGGUAGAUGAACCUGAGCCUAUGUCGGCCAUCUCAGCGACAACUGAACCAGACCAGUAUCCAAUUGGUCAGGGACUAUACUCUCUCAAUCAGGCAGUCAAGUCGCAACCACUACUGAGUGAGAAACGACCCAACCCUGCCUUCCACUUGAAGCGUGGUAGCCUGCAGUUACAUGGUCGCUUAUCGAGCCAGAACCCUCGACGAGCUGAAACCGACCCUUUUAUCACUCCCCGAACUCUAGCAGAUGUACCCGAGGCUCCUCAACCAGCAAACAUGCGCUCGCAAUCCAUGGCGUUCAACCGACCACAGACAUCCGCCGAACACGUCAUAAAUCGUGGAUCCCAAGGGGGUCUACUCCGUCGACCUCCCUCCAUGCAGAGUGUCCAGGGGGGCUAUUCGCCAUUCCCACCCCGGGGUCAAGCGUCAAUCCAUGCCACCGAUGAAUCUCACAGCCGAUCCGUCUCCUUCUCCCACUCCUUUGCCAGCUCCGAUUACAGUCUGCCCUCCUCACGGACCUCGAGCCCUGUACCCUACUAUUCAUCGCCCACCUUCAACCGACACCGAUCAGGUUCCACGUACAGCACAUCCAGCAUGCCGGGCACUCGAGGGUUUCGGCCCCCAAUGCCCCCUUCGCUUAUGCACGGUUCAACGGCAUCUAGUGUCUACUCAGCCAGCAGCCUGCGAUCUGAAGUGGAGAGCGUUUACAGCUUGGACCCACGCGAUUCCGCAGCGUCGGAUGCCAAGUCUGCCCGACGGAAGAAGAGUUUUCGGUAUAGCCGAAGCGCUAAAACCGACAGUGCGGAACCAGCCGCCAAGAAUUCGAGUUCAGGUUUCAUGGGAUUCAUGCUACGAGGCAGGAGAAAGUCAACCAUCCAGAAAUAAUGCCUAAUUCCUCCGUCUGAUUACAACAAAACAUUCCCGACCUAGUGUUUCACCUUUCCUUUCUUCUUCUUCUUCUUCUUCUUCUUCUUCUUCUUCUUCCUCACGUCUUUUUUUUUUUUUUUAAAAAGGUUGUUCUUUGCGUCUCUGCUUUGGCGUCCUUCGGUUAGCGUCUGCUGGUUUAUGGGGUUUGUUGGUUUUUGUUUUUAUUUUCGGUCUGUACGUUACUUAAUCUGCCUGGUGCGGUGAUUUUCCUUGGUUUUCUCAUUUUCUGUUUCUGUGGGCCUUGCGCUGGGUGAUUUGUGAAUGUGCGAGUUGUACCCAUUCCGACCCUCUCAUCACCCUCUCUUUCUGUUUGUUCGUGGGUCACCGUUGUAUGAUAAUCAAUGCAACCUGAUGGCCUUCCUGGAGUGGGUCAUAACUACAAUG